UAAACACCCGAGUAGAUUUAUUGAACUAACUACUCACGGAAAUUCAAUGCGUGCAUAGAAGAGAUGGGCCGAGGGCGAGCUCCAUGUUGCGUUAAAAUUGGAUUGAAUAAGGGUUCGUGGACUCUAGAAGAGGACUCAAAACUCAUAUCCUACAUCAAGAACCAUGGCCAUGGAAAUUGGCGUGCACUUCCUAAGCUUGCAGGAUUAAAGAGGUGCGGAAAGAGUUGUCGAUUGAGGUGGAUCAACUAUCUCCGACCGGAUAUUAAGCGUGGUAAUUUUACUGUGGAGGAAGAGAUGACUAUCAUUAAGUUGCAUAAAUUGCUAGGGAACAAGUGGUCGAGAAUUGCAGCUUGUCUUCCUGGAAGAACUGACAAUGAGAUCAAGAAUGUUUGGAAUACACACUUGAAGAAGAGAUUACGGUCCGAAGAGGAAGAAAUAAGGGUUGAAGUAUCUAAGGUUUCGCAUGUCUUAACUACGUCGAAUGAUGAUGAUAAUGACAAUGAUGAAAACAAGAAUGAAGAGUUAUUUGAUGGCACCAUCACGAUGAGUGCACCUGCCUUAGAUGUUUCUCCAUGCUCUGGCUCAUCGAACCUCUUUGAGAUGGAUUUAGUUGUUGAUGGUGGCUUCGAUGAUAGGGAAGGCGAUGUCACACAAUGGUUGGAAGAACUAGAGAAGGAGCUCGGUCUAUGUGGAACGAUCAAGAGGAAUGACGAAGAAGAUAAGAAGAGAGAUGAAGAUGUCGAACAAUUAUUUUGGGACGAUCCAUUACUAACAAAUUACUUUGAAAUCGAGGAACUCGACUCUUUAAGGUGGUAAAGAAAAUAAAAAGAUAUAUAAGUUAAUUAUUUUUUUAGCGAAAAAUAAUUAACUUUUUUGUAUCUUUAUUAUUUCUUCAAGUAAUUAAAAUUGCUCAUUAGGAUAUUUAAGUAAACCAUAAAACAAUACUUAUGGAUAACUCUACCUCCUAAUGAUACGGUGAAUUGAACACCACUGAUUUUAGUUCAAGAAAUGUAAAAUCUAUAGAAGAAAGGAUUACGAUAUUACUCAAAUUCUUACUUGGGUUGUAUUAUCAAUAUUCUAUAGAAGAAAGGAUUACGAUAUUACUCAAAUUCUUUCUUGGGUUGUAUUAUCAAUAUUCCAUAGUGUAAUUCUAUAUUUUGAA